CGGCUGUCAAGAACAGAGGACUCAGUGGAGACGCGAGGGAAAUCAUUUCAGUCCACUCCAAGCUGGGUGGGAGAGGCGCGCCUCUCUCGGGCCCCUUGUCGCCUCUCCCCCCCACCCGGUAUGGAUGAACACUUCAACCUCAUAGACUCGCCGUCCACGCGUCACAGAGGAAACAACGCCGAGAAUCACGGUUACGCGGAGACAGAAAAGGGCAGCAUGACGGUGAUGGCGACGGAGUUGCUGGAGGAAUCGGCGGCGCUACCCGGCCACCUGUCCCUGGAUCGCUAUGAGGCGGAGCACGAGUGCUGUGAGAGAGUGGUCAUCAACAUAUCGGGUCUGCGCUUCGAGACACAGCUCAAAACUUUCAACCAAUUCCCGGACACCUUGCUGGGCGAUCCAAAAAAGAGGAUGCGCUACUUCGAUCCGCUCAGAAACGAGUACUUUUUCGAUAGGAAUCGUCCAAGCUUCGACGCCAUCCUCUACUACUACCAGUCGGGCGGGCGCAUCCGGAGACCCGUCAACGUGCCCAUUGAUAUAUUCUCGGAGGAGAUCCGCUUUUAUCAGCUUGGUGAGGAAGCGAUGGAGAAAUUUCGUGAGGAUGAGGGUUUUAUCAAAGAAGAGGAGCGACCCUUGCCUAGCCAUGAGUUCCAAAGGCAGGUCUGGCUUUUAUUUGAGUACCCGGAGAGCUCAGGCCCGGCCCGGGGCAUCGCCAUCGUGUCAGUGCUGGUCAUUCUUAUCUCCAUAGUCAUUUUCUGUCUAGAGACUUUGCCUGAGUUUAGGGACGACAAGGAUCCGGUCACUGUAGCACCCGUAAUCAACGGAACAGCCCCGUACGGGUCAGGUUCUUUUACUGACCCGUUUUUUGUUAUAGAGACGCUUUGCAUAAUCUGGUUUUCCUUCGAGCUGCUUGUCCGCUUUUUCGCCUGCCCCAGUAAAGCCACCUUUUCCAAAAACAUAAUGAACAUAAUAGACAUCGUGGCUAUAAUUCCGUAUUUCAUCACCCUAGGUACAGAGUUGGCAGAAAGACAGGGCAAUGGGCAGCAGGCCAUGUCCCUGGCCAUCCUGCGCGUGAUCCGCCUGGUGCGAGUAUUUCGCAUCUUCAAGCUGUCGCGCCACUCCAAGGGCCUCCAGAUCCUUGGACAGACACUCAAAGCCAGCAUGCGGGAACUUGGCUUGCUUAUUUUCUUCCUUUUUAUCGGGGUAAUUUUAUUCUCCAGCGCUGUGUACUUCGCAGAGGCAGACGACCCGGCCUCCAGCUUCAGCAGCAUUCCGGACGCGUUCUGGUGGGCUGUGGUUACCAUGACUACGGUGGGCUAUGGAGACAUGCACCCGGUGACCAUCGGCGGGAAGAUCGUCGGCUCUCUGUGUGCCAUUGCUGGUGUUUUGACGAUCGCGCUGCCAGUACCCGUCAUCGUCUCCAAUUUCAAUUACUUCUAUCACCGGGAGACAGACGGCGAGGAGCACGCGCAGUACCUGCACGCGGGCAGCUGCGAGCAUCUCGACUCCGCUGAGGAGCUGAAACGGACACGGAGUACCUCGUCUCUCAGCAAAUCGGAAUACAUGGUGAUAGAGGAGGGAAUAAACAGCGGCUUUAAGCAAGCUAACUACACAAACCAAAAUAAUCAGAACUGCGUAAACAUCAAAAAGAUUUUCACAGACGUGUAAAGCAAACGGAGUUCCAGCCAGUGAUGCAGUAAAUCAACUCCAAUUUGCUCUAGGAUUUUCUUCAUGCAGACUAAAACCUGUUGGCCUGCAGACGAUCAUGCGUUCUCUGUAGGCUAGUUGUUAAAAGUGAAGGGCGGGUCAGGGACAUCAAAUAACCUAAAGUAAUCCUGAAUUGUUUGUGCUUGUCAGUCUGAAUUUGUUCUCAAUGUUAUAUAUAAUCGUCAUCAUACGUAUUGGCAAUAUAUUACAACAUGCCUGUUAAUGUGAUGAAACGAUAUGUUUUCGGAGGUCACGUGUUAGUGUCACAUGCAUUUUGUUAGCAUCCACAACCUGGACAUAUGUGCAUAAAGUCAUCAAAGUGUCAAAAAUAUUUAUAUAUAGCCUAUUGUAUGUAUUUAUUAAUUAAAUCGCCUUUUGCUAUACCAAAUAACAAUGUGUUAAACAAAAGGAAUAAUGGGUUGUUAUAAGUCAAAAAUGCUUUUUGUGCAGAAAAAAAUGUGUGUGAAAAGAGUUAUCACCAAAUGGAUGUUAAUUGCUGUAAUCGGCCACGUAAACAGCAAAGUUCCCCCCCAGAUUGUAUUUAUUAUUUCCCUUUAGUAUUCCCAGUGAUUAGCAUUCGGACAAAGACAUAGUAGGUUGGCAUCAAAAGAAAACACUGUCGUUUCUUGCAUGAGAAAACAGGACUGAGCUGAGCACGCGCGGAUUCGCCUCCCCGUCGAGACCCCUGGCUCCGCCCGAUGAUGCAGUCUCCAUAGCGACCACAGUUUCCUGGGUGGAAUAGAUCAGGACUAGUAAAGAUUUCUGCUGAUGGGCAUUCGUAUGACACAAUCAAGCUGACCUGUGGCUCUAUUACAAACUGGGAAAAGAAGUUUUAAAGCAGAGACAGAUUUAUCAGCAACCACUAAGCACAGGACAAAGCACAGGACAAAGCACACAAACCCAUCUAGGAGAUAUCCGUAUCGUUUUUUAUCAUCUUCUCAUCAUGAAAAACUCUAGAAGUGGCCUUGACAUUGGAUACACUGCUGGAUUGAAUGUUUAUAAUCAAUUCAAAAGACGCUGUGGAAUCUGAUUGACUUUGACAUAACUGUCUACUACAGUAAUACAUAUAUAGGGUGAGGAUGGGUUUUAGGAUUCUCUUUAUGUGUUCACCAUUUGUGCUAUUUGGAAACCAAAUGUCUGUGUGUUAGUGUGUUGUUAUUAAGGAAAUGUUUACGUAUUAACUAUUAGACAU